AUGGCCUCUCUCCUACGCCGCACAAAGCGAGCUCUCGGCCUCCCCAGGGAACCCGACGUCGACGCCCCCCGCGAGGACGCCGUCGUCGUCAUGAUGGCGCGCAACUCCGAGCGCCAGGCCGCCCAGCGCGCCAUCGAGUCGUUCGAGCGCCACUUCAACCGCUGGUUCCAGUAUCCCAUCGUCUUCCUCAACCACGAGCCGUGGGACAAGCGGUUCAUCCGGGCCUUGAGCAGGGCCACGUCGGCCGAGACGCAUUUCGAGGUCAUGUCCGAGUCUGAUUUUGGGUAUCCGGACGGGGUUGAUCGGGAUGCCGCCAGGGCGAGCAUGGUGCGGCAGAAGCAGCUCGAUUGGCCUCAUGCCGGGAAGGAGGGCUACCAUCAUAUGUGCCGGUUUUACUCGGGCAAGUUCUACAACAUGGACAUCCUAAAGAAAUACAAGUGGUACUGGCGCCUCGACCCGGACACCGAGUUCUUCUGCUCCAUCACCUACGACCCCUUCGUCGAGAUGGCCAAGCGCGGCCACGUCUACGGCUUCACCAUGGCCAUCUGGGAGGUCCUCAGCACCGUUCCCUCCCUCUUCCGCCACACCGCCGACUACAAGGACGCCGCCGGCAUCCCCUCCUCGCCGCUGUGGAAGGCCAUGGUCGACCCUUCGCCCCUCCCGUACCCGCUCCGCUCGCUCACGAGCCUCCUCGGCAACCGCGACAGGCACGGCGACGCCUGGAACGGCUGCCACUACUGGAGCAACUUUGAGAUUGGGGACAUGGACUUUUUCCGUGGGAGCCAGUAUCAGGCGUAUUUUGAUGCCAUGGACCGCCGCGGCGGCUUUUAUUUUGAGCGGUGGGGCGAUGCCGCCAUACACUCGCUGGCGGUCGCCAUGCUUCUCCACCCCUCGCAGGUCCAUCACUUCGACGACAUCGGCUACCGCCACGACGAGCUCUGGCAGUGUCCCGCCAACGCGCUGGGCGGCCAGCUCCCCGAAUCCGAGGCCCUGGGGAAGAGGCCCUGGCAACCCGAGGUAGAGGGUGGCAUCGGUUGCCGUUGCGAAUGCAAAGGCUACAAGGAGCGGAGGAACCACCCGGCCGUUUGUCUGAAUAAGCUCACCGCACCUAAUACGCCUGGCAGCCAGCCAUGGCUGCCCUGGACCUGA